UGUUUAGCAUGCGAAGUCCUCGCAAAAACUCUGCAGUUCGAGCAUUGUCGGACUGCUCAGGAACAAUACGUUGCAGCGGUAGAGGAAUAUCAACCAGAAAUUCUAUUUAUACUGGCCAGGUAUACAGAUAUGGCUAAUUUCCCAGAAUUGAACUCUACUUCCAAGGUUGAACCUAUCGUAGAGAAAGCGUCAAGAAUGUUGAAGUGGCUUUCUGAAGUGACCGUCGAUCAUGUGUUUGUGCUCAAUGCCCUUCCAAGGCCUGAUAAUGCUUUUCAAGUAUUUCAUACUGAGAUGCUUGUCAAGAACGCCUCUGUACAUCCGGCUAAAUUACUCAACACAACAGGAACACAGAUUGCUCGUCGGAGAGUGGCUCAAGCUGUGGCCUCAUGCCAUAAAUGCAUUCUUAUUGACUACUUACCUCGGUUCACAUCAAACGGUACAUUCCGCUUUUACGAUGACGACACCAACGUAGCUUUGAUGAACGGCUUUUGGCAUUUUACGCCGCUUGGAUUACAUCGGCUGAGGCCAUUUUUCAAAGACAUUUGUGAUCAUAUCAGUUUUUCCAAAGCCUUAUGA